CUCCCACCCAAGCACCCGGUUCUCCCAGCCCUGUCUUCCGGGCCAGCGACCGCUGCCCACGCCGGCUGGCUCAGCGGUGCUCCUCAGAUCUUUCUGGCAACAGGCAGUUGGGGCCGUGGGGGGCCGGCAGGGUUGAGGGCCCAAGUUCCAUUGGCAGUUGGCCCACGAAGUCGCGAGGUUCUGGCGAGAGAAGGAUGUUUCCAGAAGAGCACCUGCCACUUGUCUGCCGCACUGUUGUCCUGGAAGGAGCAACGUGAGGGCAGGCGCGCCCUCUUGACACCCCACGCGCCCCCCAAGGCCCCAGAGCCUUCCAGCCCCACCUGCCCUUCCUCCCUCCAGCCGCCCUGGUGUGGGGCUCUCGUCAGCCGUGGGUGCUCUGGCCAGUGGCUGAAGCCGUACCAGGUGAGCCUGGUGCCAACAGGGGCCAAGCCGGGAGACCGGUCCAGGGAAGGGCCUGUGCGGGGCUGCAGUGUGGGCCUCCCGGGGCGGCUCUGUUUCCUGACCCCUCAAGGAGCCAUACUGCCCCGGGGGCUCGCUCUGGCGCGGGGCAGGCAGGACACAGUGCUGUUUCUGCUUCCUGGUGCUGUGUGUUCUCAGGCGGGAGUCUGGGCCUCUCUGAGCAUGAGCUCCCUGUUGCGGGGGAGCAAGAGCUGAGCUCCUGCACCCCCGGGGCCAGGCUGUGUGACUCAGCUGACGGGCCAAGUUGAGCCCAGUCGACACACUCAGCCAAUCAAUGCAGUGACUUUGGUCCCCGUCAUCCUGAGCCCCACCUGGGAGCCAGCACCCAUCAGCCCGGGAGCCACCUUCUUGCAGAGCUGGCUGCUAGUACCCCGUCAUCAGGGGCUUCACCCCCCUCCAGACGAGCACUGUCACCCUGGGGGGCCUGGGGCUCUGCCUGGAGGAAGGACUGGCCAGCCCUGAGCUCUUGAGUCUGGAGGAGAUGGGGAGGUAUGAGUCCAGCCCCCUGGCAUCUGCCACCUCCCUCCCGGAGCGGGACUCCCCCAAACGCUGGACGCAGCCGGAGCAGUGGGUGGCCGACCUACAGGCGGAGGUGGCGUCCCUGCGGGGACACAAGGAGCGCUGUGAGCGAGCUGUACUGAGCCUGCUGCGGGAGAUGCCGCAGCUCCGGGCCUGCGUGCAGCUGCAGGACGCCGAGCUCAAGAGGCUGCAGCAGGACCUGUGGCUGGUGGCUCAGGCCCCCGAGAAGGAGGCCCUCGGGUUCCCCAGCCCCCAGAACCAGAACCAGAACCAGAUGCAGGCCUUGGACAAGAGACUGGUGGAGGUGCGGGAGGCCCUGACCCAGAUCCGGAGGAAGCAGGCACUGCAGGACAGUGAGCGGAAGGACACCGAGCAGGAAGCCAAUGUCAGGCUGGCGGAGCUGGCCGGGAAGCUGGAGCGGGAGGAGCAGUUCCGGGAAGCGGCCUGCAGCGCCCUGCAGAGGAGCCAGGAGGACACCAGCCACAGGGUGGACCAUGAGGUGGCCCAGAUGCAGGCCCAGGUGACCAAGCUCGGCGAGGAGAUGAGCCUCUGCUUCCUCAAGAGGGAGGCCAAGCUGUGUGGCUUCCUGCAGAAGAGCUUCCUGGCCCUGGAGAAGAGAAUGAAGGCCUCAGAGAGCACCCGGCUGAAGGCAGAGAGCAGCCUGCGGGGAGAGCUGGACGGCCGGUGGCAGAGGCUCCAGGAGCUGGCCGAGGAGCGCGUGCGGGCCCUGCAAGGGCAGCACGAGCAGGAAGAAAGCCGCCUCCUGGAGCAGUGCCGGGGCCUGGACCAAGCCGUGAUCCAGCUGACGAAGUUCGUGCGGCAGAACCAGAUGUUGCUGAACCGGAUCCUCCUGGCUGAGCAGAAGGCCUGGGACAGCAAGGGGCACCUGGAGGAGACCCAGGCCGGGGAGCUGGCUGCCUUCCUGCAGGAGAGCCUGGAGGCCGGCCAGCUGGCCCAACAGGAGGCCCACAGCGCACUGGAGCUGCUUCGAGAGAAGAGCCAGGCUCUGGAGGUGUCACUGGCCGAGCUGGGGAAGCAGGUGAAGGACCUGAGCGACCAUUUCGUGGCCCUGAGCUGGAGACUGGACCUGCAGGGGCGGACGCUGAGCCUGCAGCUGAGCGAGGCAAAGAGAGAGUGGGAAGGCUUGGAGCAGAGAUCGCAGGAGGGUCUGGCCCAGUGUCAGAAGGAGGCCGAGGCACGGCUGAGGGAGCUGCGGGAGCGAGUGGACAGCCUGCCCCGCCAGAUAGAGGUCGUCUCCGACAAGUGCGUCCUGCACAAGAGUGACUCGGACCUCAAGAUCUCAGCGGAGGGGCGAGCCAGAGAGUUCGAGGUCGGGGCCGUGCGGCAGGAACUGGCCACUCUGCUCUCAUCUGUGCAGCUGCUCAGGGAGGGCAACCCCGGGCGGAAGAUUGCCGAGAUCCAGGGCAAGCUGGCCACGUUCCAGAACCAGAUAAUGAAACUGGAAAACAGCUUGCAGGACAAUAAGACCAUCCAGAACCUCAAGUUUAAUACAGAAACUAAGCUGCGCAUGGAGGAGACAGCCAGCCUGCGUGAGAGCAUCCUGCGUCUACGGAGCGAGGAGGGCCCCUGGGCCCUGACGCUGGGCAGCAGAAGGGUCCUCGCGGCCCUGGGGAAGCAGCAGUCCUUCGUCAAAGACACAGCCGCUGGCGAGGUGGUCCCUGUGAACCGCUGGGGCAUGUAUCAGGCCGUGAGGUGGCUGCAGUGGAAGGCGGUCCUCCUGAACCUGGUGGCCCAGCGGAGGCCAAGCAUGUUCCUGGAGAAGUCCUUCCGCCAGGAGCCUGCCCGCCAGCUCAUGUCCUUGCCCCUUGCCCAGAAAUAAAUGUGCCAGCUCCCGUGGA